GGAUGCCUUUCCUGCUCCUCUAGCGUUAAUUUAACAGGGCAGCGCGUCUGCGACGGGCGGAGCGAACCAGCGAGCGCCGGCGCCGGCGGAGAUGGCGGUGGCGGAGGAGGCGGCGGAGGGAGGCGGAGGGGACCUGGAGAGGCGGGUGAUGGAGGCGGUGAAGGCGUCGGAGGAGCGGGGGGACCCGCCGCUGGCGCGGGCGGUGGAGGUGGGCCGGUGCGUCCAGGAGAAGGGGCUAGGAUUCCCAAGCCCGGAGCUAGGGCACGUCCUCGUCUCCAAUCUUUGCUUCUCCCACAACAUGCCUUCCCUCUGGAAGCUUCUCGACCAGGCCAUGGCCUCUCGCCUCAUCGCCCCCCUCCACGCCCUCGCCCUCCUCACCCCCAGGGUUAUUCCAAACCGCCGGGCAGAGCCAGAGGCGUACAGGCUGUACCUGGAGCUCUUGAGUCGAUACGCGCUUUCGCCUCUUUCGAUCGAGGUUGGCUCUUGCAGAGACAAGAUAAUUAAAUCUGUUGAUGAUGCUCUACAGCUUUCGCAUGCAUAUGGGGUUCACCAAAUGGAUUUUGGACAUAUGGUGGUUUUGUCCAUCUUGAGUGUCAUAACAAGUUUGAUUGACUGCACGCUAGAAGAUUGUGGUUUGCAGUUGACGUUCAGAUAUAAACAUGGCGACUUUUAUGCUGAUGAAGGACAUCAAGUUAUGGACAUAGAUGUUAGAGGAAGUUCAGAUGAGAAGCGGAACAAGCAUCGUGAACAGUUACGUAGAACUAAUGUUCUUUUGGCUAUAGAGGUGGUUGAAAAAAUUACUUCAAAUAAAAGGGCCAAACUUUUUCUUCGUCUCAUCUAUCUCAAUAUGCCUGAAAAGUUCAAUGGUCUACUGGAGAGACUGCAGUUUAUUGAAUCACAUAAAUCGGCCUCACAGGCUUUACUAUCUGCAAAUCAUAUUUUAGAUAGCUUGUCUGCAAAUGUACAGAAGGCUAUGGAUUGGGAAUACCAGUUAAAUAAGCAUCAGCUUCUUGGAGUUAUGGUUGAUGCUGGGCCCAGUAGCUACCUUUCAUGCAACAGUUCUGGAGCCAGUAGGGCUGCUUGUUGGAUUUCUUUUGAUAUGUUUAUGGAGAAUGCAAUGGAUGGGAGGCAACUCCAUACUGUUUCUGCCAUUGAAAUACUUACAGAGCUGACCAAGUCACUCAAAGUAAUUAAUCAAGCAAGCUGGCAAGAGACAUUUCAAGCUCUCUGGAUUUCAUCUCUUCGACUUAUACAACGAGAUCGCGAGCCUUUGGAAGGACCUAUACCUCAUCUUGAUGCACGACUAUGCAUGCUAUUGUCUAUUGUCCCUUUGUCAAUUGUUCCUCUUGUGAAGGAGGAAUAUGAAAUGCCAUCUCUUAUAAGCAAAGGCAUAACCAGAAGCUAUGGAAAUGGAGCUGAAGAAAAUAAUCUUGCUUCUAGAAAACAUGGAUUAGUAUCCUCUCUUCAGGUAUUAGGCCUGUUUUCUGGGCUUCUAUUGCCGCCUCCAUCAGUGGUCAAUGCAGCUAACAGUGCAGCUUCAAAAGCAGCAGCUUUCGUUUCUAAUUUAAAGACAGGAUGUGUUGGAAACAUGCUGCAUCUUAUAGUUGAAGCCUGCAUUGCAAGAAACUUGAUCGAUACAUCUGCUUAUUUUUGGCCUGGCUAUGUGGUUCCUUCUGCCCCAUCAAAGGAUUCACUGUUAGUUCAAGAGUCCCCUUGGACAACCUUUAUGGAGGGAGCUCCACUAAAUGGUUCGCUUAAAAAUGCUCUUAUGGUAACUCCUGCUACAAGUGUGGUGGAACUGGAGAAACUGUACAAUAUAGCACUAAAUGGAUCAGAAGAAGAAAAAUCAGCUGCUGCAAAGAUUCUAUGUGGUGCAUCCCUUGUUCGUGGCUGGAAUAUUCAGGAGCAUGUGGUGCACAUUGUGAUCAAGUUACUGUCUCCAUCUGUGCCUCCUAAUCCUUCAGUAUCUGGAAGUGGGAGUCAUUUAAUUGGUCACAUGCCCAUGCUUAGUGCUAUUUUAUUUGGAGUAUCUUGUGGAGAUAUUGUUCAUAUCCUCUCUUUAUUUGGCAUGAUUCCAGAAGUUGCAGCCGCUUUGAUGCCACUUUGUGAGGCCUUUGGGUCGCUACCACCCCCACCCAAUCAUAGAUCAAGCAUGUCUGAUGAGACUUCCGUUUAUGCGGUCUUCUCAUGUGCAUUUCUCUUUCUCCUUCGCUUAUGGAAAUUUUAUAAACCUCCUCAGGAACACUGUAUGGCUGGUCGUGGAGGCCCUGUUAGGUCAGAAUUGACUCUGGACUGUCUCUUGUUGAUGCGCAACAGUCGCAUUGCUUUGCAAAAUUCUAGUGCUGUGGGUAGGAUGGACGGUAUCACAGAUCCACGUCAUUCAACACCAAGUCAGCCUGUGUAUAUCGACUCAUUUCCAAAGCUACGAGCUUGGUACUUUCAAAAUCAAGCUUGCAUAGCCUCAACUCUUUCUGGCCUAUGUAAUAAAAAUCCAGUUCAUCAAGUUGCCAAUAAGAUUUUGAAGAUGAUUUAUCGAAAAAUGACUAAAGCUGGAACUGUUUCUGGUAAUCCUUCGUCAACUUCCAGUAACACUAUAAGUGGAUCACCUGUAAAUACAACAGAAGAUGCUCAUCAAAGGCCCACAUUUCCUGCAUGGGAGUUUCUGGAAGCUGUUCCCUUUGUUCUUGAAGCUGUAUUGACUGCAUGUGCCCAUGGAAGGCUUUCAUCCCGGGACUUGACUACAGGUCUGAGGGAUCUCGUGGAUUUUUUGCCAGCUUCUCUUGCGACUAUUAUCAGCUACUUUUCAGCAGAAAUUACUCGUGGAAUCUGGAAACCAGUUCAAAUGAAUGGGACUGACUGGCCAAGUCCUGCUGGAAAUCUUCUCUCGGUUGAAUCAGAAAUAAAGGAAAUUCUUGCAUCUGCAGGGAUUCAUAUUGCCAGCUGUUAUCCACGUGGGAUGCCACCGAUGCUUCCAUUACCAAUGGCAGCCCUUGUGAGCUUGACAAUCACAUUUAAACUUGACAAGAGCCUGGAAUACACCCAUAGUAUUCUGGGUCAGGCAUUGGAAAAUUGUGCGACAGGCUCGUCAUGGCCAAGUAUGCCCAUCAUAGGAGCCCUGUGGACCCAGAAGGUUCGGCGGUGGCAUGACUUCAUCGUCCUGUCAUGUUCCCGCUCUCCCUUCACACGAGACAAGGAUGCUGUCGCCCAGCUGAUCAGAAGCUGCUUCUCGUCCUUCCUUGGACCCUCUAUAACUGAAGGAUCUCACUUUUCUGCCAAUCGAGGAAUACAUGGGCUGCUGGGACAGGCUAUGGCCGAUCAGGGGCUACGACUGCCUAUUGCCCCAGGUUUUCUCUACCUCCGCACAUGUCGGACAUUCCAUGACACUAAUUUUGUCACUGAAGUGAUCCUCAAGCUGGUCCUUGAAUUGGCGAACAAACUAGGGAAUGAAUGGGCAUGUAGUGGACCUGCUCGCCUGAGAUCUGGCCGGUUGUCACUUGCUGCUGCUGUUUCUAGAGUUCAAGAGGUGGCAAUGCUGGGGGCAACCCUGCUGUGUAUUGCAGGUGGAGUCCUGCUAGUCCAGGUGCUGUAUGAAGAGUCCUUGCCCACAUUGUUGCUGUCCGCAGGAGAAGAGAAGCUGGUUGGUGCUGGGCCAGCGUCCAAUAUCCUGGAGGGCUAUGUGAUGGCAUAUAUGCUGAUCUUGUCCGGGGCCUUUGUAUGGGGAAUUGGAAAUACUUCUCCGGCCUACACAUCUGUGUAUUCAUCAAGGCGGGCCCGAGUGAUUGGGAUCCAUAUGGAUUUUGUGGCUGCUGUUAUGGAGGGGAACAUAUCGGUGGGGUGUGACCCAGCAACGUGGAAAGCAUAUGUAUCCUGCUUCGUGGGCUUGCUGGUAAGCUUUGUGCCAACAUGGGUGCCAGAGGUGAAGCAGGGAACGCUGCAUAAAUUGGCCAGUGGGUUGAGGGGUUGGCAUGAGUAUGAUUUGGCCCUCUCGCUCCUUGAGCGAGGGGGGCCUGCAGCCAUGGAUGCAUUGGUGGAGUCUGUGUUGUGAUCUCUCUUUUGAUGAUGCUAGAAUGGUUUGCAGUCACACCUAGUGCAUCUGAUUGUGAAUCUUUUUUGAAGGCUGCUUGGUCCAUUCAUGGCCUCGCUUCAGACCAAACUGCUGUGCAUAAGUUCCAACCUGGUCUGGCGGCUGCCUGGAUGAAACUCCAACAGCGUAUGACCAUGGCAGAAACAUAUGAAUCCAAUUUUGCUAUACCAAAGAGCUCAUAGGUUCUGUUCUCUACAGGGGAUUUAUGGACAACUCCAGAUUGGAGCUUUAGUCUUGUGGUCAAUAUAGGAGCCUAGUUUGGUAUAUAUUUGAUACGGCAGUGGCAUGGUGGGUUCUUUGCAUUUUAUAUGUCCAAGCUAGUAGCAAGGCAAUGUAGGACUCUUUUGGUAAAGAACCCAAAGUUUAUUCUUGAGUCAGAUUGUGUAAUGCUGAUUCCAGUUUUUAAAUCAGUUGCAUGAUGGACUUAUUAUUUUUUA